AUGGAGUAUCUAAAGAAUCCGGGGAAAGGAGUAAUUACUGAUGUCAAGGGAAGGUUGAGAUGCUACAAAAAUGACUGGCUCCAUGCAUUUCAUUCUGGUCCCGGGAUUAUCGCUCCCAUGGCAUUCAUGUUCUUCGCUUCGGCUAUUCCUGUCAUUGCUUUCGGCGAGCAGUUGAGUAAAGCCACAGAUGGGGCCUUGACCCCCGCGGAGACACUCAUGUCGACAGCCUUGUGUGGUGUUAUCCACGCAAUAUUUGGCGGGCAACCAUUGUUGAUUUUAGGAGUCGCGGAACCAACAAUUAUAAUGUAUUCGUACUUAUAUUCUUUUAUCCAAACUAGGAUCGGGAAAGAGUUGUUCUUAGCUUGGGCCGGAUGGGUAUGUACAUGGACGGCAUUGUUCUUGUUACUUAUUGCCACGUUCAAUUUGUGCGCUAUCAUCCAUCGAUUCACAAGGCUUGCCGGGGAGUUAUUUGGGAUGUUGAUCGCGGUCCUUUUCAUUCAAGAAGCCAUCAAGGGUAUAAUAGAAGAAUUCAAUGUUCCGGAAGACGAAGAAGGUAGUACCGAAGAGAAAUAUCAUUUCCAAUGGUUGUAUAUAAAUGGAUUGCUUGCAGUUAUUUUUGCUACUGGUGUCCUUUUGACUACCUUGAAGAGCCGAAAUGCUCGAUCUUGGGUAUAUGGGACAGGUUGGUUUAGGAGUUUCAUUGCAGAAUAUGGAGUUCCGGUAGCGGUCAUAAUUUGGACCGCGCUUUCAUUUGCUAUACCAUCAAAGAUUCCUUCUGGAAUUCCGAGGAGACUCGAUGCUUCUUUUCCAUGGAAAUCGAACUCUCAUUGGGAUACAAUUGUGGGCAUGGGAAGGGUACCCGGCGGCUACAUCUUCGCGGCCAUCAUUCCAGCUUUGAUGGUCGCUGGUUUAUAUUUUUUCGACCACAGUAUAGCUGCUCGGAUGGCUCAACAGAAGGAUUUCAACCUAAAAAAACCAUCGGCCUUUCACUAUGAUGUCUUUUUGCUCGGGAUCAUGACGUUUAUAUGUGGAAUACUUGGACUUCCUCCUUCGAAUGGAGUACUUCCACAAUCUCCUAUGCAUACGAGAAGUCUUGCCAUUCUUAAAAGGCAGAUGGUUCGAAGGAAAAUGGUGCAACGCGCAAAGGAUGGAAUUGAGGAGAAAGUGAGCCACUCUGAAAUAUACGGUCGAAUGCACGACGUGCUCAUUGAGAUGGAGGCUUCUUCCCCUCCGAAAACGGUUAAACAAGAUUUGACAAAUUUAAGAGAAUCUGUAGUGAAACACGAUGACAAAGGGAAUAAAAAGGAGGAAUUUGACCCUGAGAAAUGUGUCGAUCUCCACUUGCCGGUCCUAGUAAACGAGCAACGGCUAAGCAACUUAGGACAAUCCAUACUUGUCGGGGUUGCCGCAUGCGCCAUGCCCGUGAUUCGGCUGAUACCAACCUCAGUAUUGUGGGGAUACUUUGCCUAUAUGGCAAUUGAUAGUCUUCCGGGGAAUCAAUUUUGGGAGAGAUUGUUGUUCCUCUUUGUUACCAAACAACGUCGUUACAAAAUCAUCGAAGAAUUGCAUGCAUCGUACAUUGAAUCGGUGCCGUUCAAAUACAUAUUCAUGCUUACGGUGUUUCAAAUCAUGUACCUUAUGGUGUGCUUCGGAAUCACAUGGAUUCCUAUAGCCGGGAUCUUGUUCCCAUUUCCGUUCUUCCUUCUUAUAUUCAUAAGAGAGCGUCUUCUCCCCAAGGUGAUCCCGACCCAACAUCUUCAAGACUUAGAUUCCCCUGAGUACGAGGAAGUUUAUGGGCACUCGUAUAUGCCUAACGAUCAACAUCGCAAGAAAGGAGAAUCAGAAGGAGAUGAAAAUGAAGUAGAAAUGUCUCCCGAAGAAAUAUUAGAUCUUAUGACAACCCAUAGAGGUGAAUUCAAGCAUAGGUCUUUGAGCUACCACCAUCCCUCGAGAAAACAUCAUCAGCCUCAGGGUUUACAGGCAAGUUCUUCUGCGACACAAUGA